AUCCACAGACAGGAACAAGACUCGGGGUGAGCCUCCACGGAUCAGAGCCACGGAAAGUAGCUGGAGGCAGAGCUGGCCGGGCUCAUGAAUGGAGAUUUACCUGCUGGAAAGAUGGCUUCCUCCACCUGCCUGGUGGGCCCCAUCGACAGCCUGGAGCUCCUGGACCUCCUGUUUGAUCGACAGGAUGGAAUCCUGAGACAUGAAGAUCUGGGCGAGGACUGGGGCCACGCUGGAGACCAGCAGGUCCUGCCAGCCCCGGACUCUGAGGAAUUUCUCAAUUGUAUCUUGGGUUCUGGAGACUCGGUGCCAAGCUCUCCUCUCUGGUCUCCUGCGGACAGUGACAGCGGCAUCUCUGAAGAUCUGCCCUCCGACCCCCAGGACACCCCUCCACACAAUGUGCCCGCCGCCGCCCCGGCCGGCUGCCAUUUCUCGGAGUCUGGCAAGGGGCUCUGCCCCUCCUACCUUCCUGUCCCCCACAGCCCCAACAGGCCUCUUGGGCCAGCGGCCCAAGUGCUCGAGGCCUCCGUGGCUAUAGACCUGGAAAUGUGGAACCCGGGCCUCUACCCCGAGGAGCAGGCUGAGCUGGCAGUGUCGCCCCCAAGCUGCAACCUCACCGUGAAAGACCUCCUCCUCUCCGGCAGUGGAGACCUGCAACAGCAUGCCUUGGCCGCCCCCCACCUGCUGAGACCUGGGACUGGGCACUGCCAGGAACUAGUGCUGACCGAGGACGAGAAGAAACUGUUGGCCAAAGAAGGCAUCUCACUGCCCACCCAGCUGCCCCUCACCAAGUAUGAGGAGCGAGUCCUGAAAAAAAUCCGCCGGAAAAUCCGGAACAAACAGUCAGCCCAAGAAAGCCGUAAAAAGAAGAAGGAAUAUAUUGAUGGCCUGGAGACUCGGAUGUCGGCCUGCACUGCCCAGAACCAGGAGCUUCAGAGGAAGGUCUUGCAUCUCGAGAAGCAGAACCAGUCCCUGUUGGAGCAGCUGAAGAAACUCCAGGCCAUUGUAGUCCAGUCCACCAGCAAGUCAGCCCAGGCAGGCACCUGCAUAGCGGUCCUGCUGCUCUCUUUUGCCCUCAUCGUCCUCCCCUCCAUCAGCCCUUUUGCCCUCAACAAAGCCGAGAGCCCUGGAGACUUCACACCGGUGCGAGUCUUCUCCAGAACUUUGCACAACGACGCCGCUUCCCGCGUGGCCCCCGACACCACGCCAGGUUCCGAGGCCCCAGGACCUCAGGCCGAGGCUGGCGCGCCUCAGGGAGGGUCUCCACGCAGCCCCAGGGUGCACUGGAAAUCCCAGGACAUGCUGGCUCUGGAAAACUCGACGGAGGAGCUGAACAAGUCGACCCUGGUCCAGGGCAACUGGGCAGAGGAGCGGAGCCAGGCCACCCUGCUGGACUGGGCCUCAUCUGAGCCGGCACUCAGCCCAGGUCUGGUGGGGCUGGAGGCGGUGGGGGAGGAGCUGUGAGUGCCACCCGGAUGUGACUCUGGCCCCUCUGCUCAGGGGCCCUGUGGUGGGCGCUGCCGGGGAGGCAGGGGUUGGAGGUGAGAGAGGCCCCUGUGGAGAUGCCAGGAUGGAGAUGCACAAACUCACAGCUACAUACCCAGGGACCCAGACACAGGAGCAGAAACUGAUGCUCAGACCCAGGGCAACCCAGAGGCCACAAAGCCUGAGAAAUACACAGACCCAGGCACAGAUGGACCAGCAGAUCCACAGUGAUCCACAGACCCUGACAGACAUAAACACACAACGUGCCUCAACAGUUGCGCUGCCUGGGGACUCCUCCCCUCCCUCACACACAGGGAGGAGGAAGUGACUGAGACUGCGGAGGGCCUGGCCCCUAAGCCGUGGCUGGGCUCUGAACUUGGGAUGGCCAUGGCCACCCCCCACCUUCUCCGACUGCCGUGAUCCUUAAUAAAAUAUUGUGACAGAA